AUGUCUCCCCCUCCCAGCGGAUGUCCUAUGAAGGCCAGCCACAAGACCGUCAACACUGGCGGCGGUGGCACUAGAAACAAGGAUUGGUGGCCCAACGACUUGAAGCUCAACAUCCUUCGCCAACACACAGGCGUCUCAAACCCUUACAACAACCAGUUCAACUAUGCUGAGGCAUUCAAGAGCCUCGACUAUGAAGGCCUGAAGAAGGACCUCACAGCCCUGAUGACCGACUCUCAGGACUGGUGGCCUGCAGAUUUCGGUCACUACGGUGGUCUCUUCGUCCGCAUGGCAUGGCACUCGGCUGGUACCUACCGCGUCUUCGACGGCCGCGGUGGUGGUGGUGACGGUCAACAGAGAUUCGCCCCUCUCAACUCAUGGCCUGACAACGCUUCCCUCGACAAGGCUCGCCGCCUGUUGUGGCCCAUCAAGCAAAAGUACGGCGACAAGAUCUCAUGGGCUGACCUGUUCCUCCUCACUGGUAACGUUGCCAUUGAGUCGAUGGGUCUCCCCACUGUUGGCUUCGGUGGUGGCCGUGCCGAUACAUUCGAGGCUGACGAGUCGGUCUACUGGGGUGGCGAGUCGACAUGGCUCGGUAACGAUGUCCGUUACGCCAGCGGUCAGCCCGGCCCCGACAAGCCCGGUGUCAUCGAUGGUGACGAGUCCAAGAAGGAGCACACUGACAUUCACUCUCGCGAGCUCGAGGAGCCCUUGGCCGCAGCACACAUGGGUCUGAUCUACGUCAACCCCGAGGGCCCUGAUGGUAUCCCCGACCCCGUUGCUUCUGCCCGCGACAUCCGCACCACCUUCGGCCGCAUGGCCAUGAACGACGAAGAGACCGUCGCCCUCAUCGCCGGUGGCCACGCUUUCGGAAAGACGCACGGUGCCGGUCCCACCGAGAACAUCAGCGACGAGCCCAUGGGCGCAACCAUCGAAGAGCAGGGCUUCGGCUGGAACAACAAGUACAAGUCUGGCAAGGGUCCCGACACCAUCACAUCCGGUCUCGAGGUCAUCUGGACCAAGACUCCUGUCAAGUGGAGCAACCAUUACCUCGAGUACAUGUUCAAGUACGAGUGGGAGAAGGAGCAGUCUCCUGCCGGCGCUCACCAGUGGGUGGCCAAGGACUCCGAGGCCAUUAUUCCCGACGCAUACGAUCCCAACGUCAAGCACAAGCCUCGCAUGUUGACUUCGGAUCUUGCUCUCCGCUUCGACCCUGCCUACGAGAAGAUCUCUCGCCGCUUCGCAGAGAACCCUGACCAGCUCGCCGACGCCUUCACCAAGGCUUGGUUCAAGCUGUUGCACCGUGACAUGGGUCCUCGUUCUCGCUGGAUUGGUCCUGAAAUCCCCAAGGAGGUCUAUAUCUGGGAGGACCCCCUUCCCGACCUCGACCACCCCGUCAUCGACGACUCGGAUAUCUCCUCCCUCAAGAAGGAGUUGCUCUCGGCUGUUGACCCUACUCAGCUCAUCACCACCGCUUGGGCUUCUGCUUCCACCUUCCGUGGUGGUGACAAGCGUGGUGGUGCCAACGGUGCCCGCAUUCGUCUCGCUCCCCAGAAGGACUGGAAGGCCAACAACCCUGCUCAGCUCCAGUCCACUCUCGCUGCCCUCGAGAAGGUUCAGCAAAAUUUCAACAACUCUGCCAAGGGUGGUAAGAAGGUCUCGCUCGCCGAUCUCAUCGUCCUCGGUGGAAGUGCCGCUGUUGAGAAGGCUGCUGGUAUCUCUGUCCCCUUCACCCCCGGCCGUGUCGACGCCACCGAGGAGCAGACCGACGUCAAGUCUUUCGAGCACCUCGAGCCUGUCGUCGAUGGUUUCCGCAACUACGGCAAGGGCACCCAGCGCGUCCGCACAGAGCAGUUCCUGGUUGACAAGGCUCACUUGUUGACUCUUUCCGCUCCUCAGAUGACUGUUCUUGUCGGUGGUCUCCGCGCACUCAACGCAAACCACGACGGUUCAUCAUACGGUAUCCUGACCAAGCGCCCUGGCCAGCUUACCAACGACUUCUUCGUCAACCUCCUCGACACUCAGACCGAAUGGCAGCAGGGCAAGGACGAAAUCUACUUUGGUCAGGACCGCAAGACUGGCGAGAAGAAGUGGCAGGCCACCCGUCACGACCUUGUCUUCGGAUCGCACCCUGAGCUUCGUGCCAUUGCCGAGGUGUACGCCUCGUCGAGCGGCCAGGACAGAUUCGUCAAGGACUUUGUCGCUGCUUGGGUCAAGGUCAUGGAGUUGGACCGUUUCGACGUUCCCAAGGAGCAGAAGCUCCAGGCUCGUCUUUAG